UCAGAUUGAGUAGGAAAUGGCAGCAGCGGCGACCAUUUCUGUCGAACAAGACCAGUUUUGCUGUUCGGUGUGUCUGGAGGUUUUAAGAGACCCGGUGACGAUCCCCUGCGGACACAGCUACUGCCUGGACUGCAUUGAGGACUACUGGAACAGGGCCAAGCAGAAAGGCCAGUACAGCUGCCCCCAGUGCAGGCAGGUGUUCAAUCCGAGACCCCUGCUGAGUAGAAACACAGUGCUGGGUGAGGUGCUGGAGAAGUUUCAGCAGUCCGGACUUCAAGCUGCAGAUCAGCACAAAGCGGAAGAAGUGAAAUGCGGCGUGUGCACGGGGAGGAAGAGCAAAGCGGUGAAAUCCUGCCCGGUCUGCUCCGAGUCCUACUGCGCGGCUCACCUGAAAGCCCACGACAAACGCUUUCACGGCAAGGCCCACAGGCUGACCCCAGCUUCAGAGCAGCCGAGGGAGAAGCUGUGUCCGCACCACGACAAGUCCCUGAGGCUGUUCUGCCGCACCGACCAGCAGUACGUCUGCUCCCAGUGCGUGAGAGAGCGACACAAGAGCCACGACGCCGUGCUGCUGCUGGACGAGAGGGCGGCACAGCAGAAAAAACUCCAAGAAACCUGUUUGAAGUCUGGGCAGAGAUUGAAGGACACGGAGAAGGAACUUAGAUAUGUUGUCAGAUACAUCAAGCACUCCACAGAAGCAGCGGUGGAGGAGAGUGAGAGGAUUUUCUCCAAGCUGAUCCGCUCCAUAGAGAAACAAAGCUGCGAGCUGAAGGAGCUGUUCAGAGUCCAGGAGAGAGCAGCCCUCGAUCAGGCCGAGGAGCUGCUGGAGAAGAUACAGAGGGAGACAGUCGAGUUCAGGAGGGCCGAUGCUGAGCUUGAGAAGCUGUCUCAUGCCGAGGACCACAUCCACUUCCUUCAGAAGUGCAAGUCUCUUCACUUCCCUUCAAAGACUGUGGAGAUGCCCAACGCUGAUGCACUUCCUUAUUUGAUGUAUAAAAGCAUGAGGGGAGCCCUGGCUGAUCUCAAAGACAGUCUGGAUGAAACACUUGAAAGAGAAUUCAGCAGGAUCUCUGAUAAGGCAAUUUCCCUGAAGGAAACCAGCAAUCAAGUUACCUCUGAAAAGACUAAAGCAAAAGGCAGUGACGGACCCUACAACCCAGAGCCAAAGACAAGAGCGGAUUUUCUACAAUAUUACAAUGAUAUAACCCUGGACCCGAACACAGCCAACCCUUAUCUAAGCUUCUCUGAUGGUGGAAGAGGGGUGACCACACGCUUGGAGCCACAGCCCUACCCGGACCACCCGUCUCGUUUCUCCAGCUGGGCUCAGGUGCUGUGCAGAGCUGGGAUGGCUGGACGCUGCUACUGGGAGGUAGAGUGGGCUGGUACUGGUGGAGUCUCCAUUGGUGUCUGCUACAAAAACAUGAACAGGAAUGGAGGAGGGAGCGACUGCAAGCUUGGACACAACUCCAAAUCCUGGAGCCUGGACUGCUCUUACUCCGGCUGUUCGUUUCAGCACAAUAAGGAGAGUGUGACCAUUGCUGCUUCCUGCUGCAGCAGGAUAGGAGUGUAUCUGGACUUCAGGGGUGGGACUUUGUCUUUCUAUAAUGUUUCUGAUUCAAUGGUUUUAAUCCAUAAAGUCAAGACUACAUUCACUCAGCCCAUAUACCCAGGAUUUUGGGUGGGCUUGGGCUCUUCUUUGAAGCUUUGCUCUCUUUAAGAAUAACAGUUCUUAAGUUACCUUUUUAAGCAUAGGGGUUAAAAAUGAAACUGAGACGUUGAGAUUUGUGCUCAAAACUUAGCAUUUUAAUAACCGUGAAAGCCGGGAGUAGCAGCGACACUUUGGCUGACCAGGUAGCGAGCUGGUGGAGCUUAGAUCUUAUUGAAGGCAGCAACAUCUACACUCUGGACCUGUAAAGGAACAAAAAAUGGAUAUAAGGAUUUACUGUGCAUCACAGCAACUAUUUUAAAGCACUGCAUUUUAAAGACUAUGACAAUGUUUAUAAAGUUUGACAUUUUAAGAAAUAAGAUCAUUCACUUUCUAGCAGAGAUUUUGAGGUCAACUGCACUUUUACAUCUAUUCUAAGGCAGCAGAUAGUUAGCUUAGCACAAAGACUGGAAAUGGUCUGCCCAGAGGUGACAAAAUCCAGCUACCUGCACCUCUGAAGAUCACUAAUUAUCACAUUUUGUUUUGUAGAUCUAAGAGUAAAAACAUCAAUUUGCUGUCUUAAAGAGAAAUAUUCAGACAUAAACUUAGUGCUGAUGGGUGAAUUAUGAUGGCUGUUUCACAUUGCCAGUUUUUUUGUGUUAAACAAAAAAAGUUAAGUUAAUGGCCAGUGUCCUUACAUUUAAUGGACAGCCAUCACAGUAUUGAUUUUAUUCAACUCUUUACCUGAAAGUGAAGAACUAUACUUAGCAAAAACAAUUAUCUUGAUUAAAGCUUUUGGUACAUGAA